CAACCUUUAGCCUUGUAACCGUCUUCUCACUUAUUCAUUUGUAAGCGUCUUUGCCUUGUGAGCAUUUAAGUGUUGCUUGCUGUCUGGUGGGCACAGUUACUAGUGCAGCUUUUACACCAGAUGAUCACACUCAAGCAAGAGGGACGAUGGAAACCAUUGAAGUUAAAGAAGGGGGAUCCAAUAGGCCCAAAUGGAGCAGGCAGAUAGAGUUCACACUGGCUGGGAUCGGCUAUGCUGUUGGGCUUGGAAAUGUGUGGAGAUUCCCGUAUUUGUGCUACAGGAGUGGUGGAGGUGCUUUUCUCAUCCCUUAUUUCAUAAUGUUGGUAUUGGUCGGAAUCCCUCUUCUUUACAUGGAGCUUACUCUUGGACAGUACUUACAGCUGGGACCCAUUCAUGCCCUGGCUAAAGUUUGCCCUUUGCUUAAAGGUGUUGGCGUGGCGACGGUGGCUAUUUCUUUCAUCAUGUGUACCUAUUACAAUGUGGUCAUCACCUGGGCCCUCUAUUAUCUCUUCAGCUCAUUCCAGAGCCCGCUGCCCUGGCAAAGCUGCAACAACACCUGGAACGUUAUGGAAAACUGCACAGACCAUCUCUCCAACAGGAGCGCCGGCACAACCACAGCCAGCCAACAGUUCUUCAACUACAGAGUGCUGGAGAGGACUGGGGGUGUGGGUGAGGCCGGGACCCUGCGCUGGGAGCUGUUUUGCUUGCUGUUCCUCGCCUGGGUUCUCAUUUAUUUCUCUAUAUUCAAAGGAGUCAAAUCUACCGGCAAGGUUGUAUAUUUCACGGCACUCUUUCCUUAUGUGAUAUUACUGGCCCUGCUGAUUAAUAAUGCACAACUCCCUGGUGCUAUUGAGGGAAUUAAAUUCUUCAUUAUUCCUGAGUGGGAGAAACUUGCUGAAGUUGAGGUUUGGGUCAAUGCUGCGGCCCAGAUCUUCAACUCCAUUGGAAUAUCCUUUGGUUCCCUCAUUUCAAUGUCCAGCUAUAACACCUUCAACAACAAUAUUUUAAAAGACACCCUGGCGAUCUCCAUUACUAACUCUGUUACCAGUAUCUUAGCUGGGUUUGUUAUCUUCUCUGCAUUUGGGUACAUGUCCUACCUUCAGAAUGUCCCGGUCAGUAGCCUCGCUGUUGAUGGCCCGGCACUGGUGUAUGUCGUUUACCCACAAGCCUUUGCCAACAUGCCGGUGGCUCCUCUAUGGGCUGUGCUGUUCUUCAUCAUGCUGAUCUGCUUAGGGCUGGACAGUCAGUUUGCAAUGGUGGAGGUGAUGGUUACCAGUCUUAUGGAUGGUAUUGGGAGCUGCAUACUGAAGUAUCUGAAACGUAAAGAGUUUGCUGUUCUACUCGUCUGCACCACAGCCUUUUUACUUGGCAUUCCUCAUGUCAUGCAGGCUGGGAUUUACACCUUCCAGUUAAUGGACCAUUAUACUGCAAUAGUGUCUGUCAUGUUCAUAGCGUUCUUCGAAGUGGUUGCGGUAUGCUGGGUUUAUGGUGUUCCGAGGCUCUCUCAGAAUGUGGAGGAGAUGUUAGGGAAGAAGCCGAAUCUCUUUUUCAGGAUCUGCUGGAUGGUUGUGUCCCCUCUGUUUGUCACGAUAAUCUUGGUUUUCACCGUUCUGCAGUUCAAACCAGCCCGCUAUGAGGGUAAUGUCUACCCGCCCUGGGCUCAGGGGAUCGGCUGGGUGAUCUGCAUGGCGUCUAUUAUCUGGAUUCCACUCGGCGCUGUCCAUACACUGUGGACACUUAAAGGAUCCUUCAAAGAGAGACUCAUUAAGUCAGUCACUCCUUUCUCUCUUGACAAGUUCUCCAAAUGGUCCAGAGAGUACUCAGGGCUGCACUCGCUGUACCCAGACAUUGCUGUGAUUUGCACAUCAUUCUCUGGGCUGAAGAGACCAUCCAAAGACACGCAUUUCUGAAUGGAAGUGUUUCAUGAUAAUAGGUCCUAUUUACAACUGUGACGGAUUUGACAUGAUUCCUGUGUACUGAUGUUAUCUCAUCAGGACAUGUUUUUUUUUUUAAUAUAGUGUUUCAGAUCUUGCAGAUGUGUAAUAUUGUUGUUUCUGUUUAGAUCGUAAAAAAAAAAAACUAUUCUGAAAAAUGUGACGACAUAAAGUAUUUCUUUACUUAUACAGAACAUUUGUCACUGUACCACAUCCUUUUAUCUCCAAUACUUUUUGUAUUGUAUUGUAAAGACAAAUUGGAUUUAAUUCAAAAUAAAGCAGCCUCAAACUUGUAUUAAUAAAACAACACUACGUCUUACAACAACGGAAACACUGAGCACGUAUGUAACUGGAAGUAUAAAUUAUAUUCUAAAGGAGACAACAUUGGCUCUUUAAUGUCAGUAUUAAGUGAGGUUUAUUCACAACUAAUGAUGCACAGACUGAGUUGUUAUUCCCUAAUGAAUUCAUAUGAAUUGAUUAGACCUGGCCCCAGGCAUGAAUAAACAGGGCUAAUAAAUUAUUAGUUAUUUAGAUUUAUUUUCUCAAACUCAUACUGAAAAAAGACGGAUAACAGAAAAAGGGCCACAGAAUUACAAUAGGGUUGAGUUUCUGUGGAAUUUCACUGGAUGUAUACUUUUCUGUUAGUCCUAGUUAUUUUAGUCUUGUGGAUUGCUGUAUUCUGUAGGUGGUGAAGUCACUUUGCAUUUUAUGCUUACUUACCAUAAUGUGUUCUAAAAACAAUAAAAAUCUUUCUUUUUUAAUUUGA